AUGAAAUAUUUCUCGAGACCAUUUCUUGCUUUAGUUCUUUUCACAUUCGUCAUGUCUUCAAUUCUUUGUUCUAAUAUUAAUACAGCAUCGUCGAAAGAUCGCAAAUAUCAUAUUAUCUUGAUAUAUCUUGUUCACGACGACUGGUAUUACGGAGGUGGUUAUUAUGAAUCAUUCUCGAAAUUGAUGGGUGCUGUUGGUGGUGAAACACAACAGAAAAUGCUCGAUGAUGCCUAUGAAUUAUUGGAAGAAAGUAUGGAAGAUAAAGAUUGUAUUUCAUUUGAUAUUAAAAAUAUCAAGUAA